AUGCCAAAGCGUGCACGCUCCGGCAGUAGCACUGCUCCUACCGACGAGGGCGAUAGCGACGCCGACUGCAACGUCUCUCGCUCGGCUAAGCGCUCCGCACACAGCGAUCCGCUCCGCAGUCGCCUGUCGCUAUUCCCCAUUGACACCGACUCCGCCCAGGGGUAUACGCUGCCCCUCACGCGCAAAAACCUCACACAGCACACUCUCAACGCAUCCGUACGGCACUCGCAGCCAUCAGAAUUUGCCUCCGAUAUUGAUAGCCCUACUGGAUCAUCUACAUCCUCGCCGUCCAUGUCGGCGCGUUCUGGGUCGCCAACACGCAGCGCCUGGGACACGCGCGUCACGCUUCAAGCCUACGGCAUCAACGCCGAUACACAGCGCGCAUUGCCAGCCGAUCUCCAGAGUCACUUCGACACAACGUUGUCACGUAAGAGGCAGGGCCCUGCCUCGCCCAAUGCCCGCCGCGUUGUGCAACAUCGCCUUGCGGCCUCGCUCGACAACGAGAGCACUGGCAUCCGUCGCCUUGAGCCAUUGCUGCUCUUUGCUGGCGAGGAUGAUCCUAGCGCAACAAAUCCUGUGCCUAUGAUUUCCAGCAAACGUGGCAAACCCUCAGCAUAUGAUCGGGUUGCUGAUGCAGCAUACAGGCCGUGA